AUGUCUAAUCGACUGUCGCACGGAGCGGCGGUCGACGGUGCUAGUGCGAUUAUUUGCACGGGGAUUAUGAGCGUCGGUGGCACGGGAGAGCCAAGAAGGGUCCCUUCCCUCGCCGGAGUCGCGGAUCGAGAAUUAGUGCGACACUCGCUCUGGUUGUAUCACAUUACCAGUGUGACGGUUGGUUCUCGGGUGAGCACUGAUGCAGGAGAAGACUCUGCCGACGAUCUAGAUGAAUCUCACACCGAUGACAUCUCAAGGGUGACCGAUAUAGAGAAUGAAACUCCGAGCUAUUCCGAAGAUACGUUUUCAAAAGACGAUGUGUUUUACAAUGCGUCGAGUGCUUCUCUAGGUUGUGCGCCUGUUAUACCAACUAGCUCGCAGUACGGUCUUGCUAUUGUCGGUCAGGACAACAAUACCAAUCAAAUCGGAGGUGCAGUGCCAAAUAGUAAUAACACAGAAGUGAAUGACAUGCAUGUCAGUGUAACUAACGCCGGAACGGGUAGCAUUAUCAAUCUUAUAGGUAAUGCGAAACCCCAAGAAGGCAUGAAAGAAAUACAGGAACAUGUUAGGAAUGAACGAUUUAAAGUUGUGAAAAUUGAGAGCACUGAACCUUUCAGAAGAGGAAGAUGGAUGUGUAUGGAUUAUUUAGAUCACACUACAACUCAACAAAAUGCACCGAUCACUCUGAAUAACAACUUGGAUGUUAAUGAGAGUAACACACUUCAAGCUCCAGACAGUGGUGUGGUUAUUAAUGAUAGUCAACAUGAUGAUAUGUGUAAUGAUUUGGCAAGCAAAGUCCCUAAAGACCACCAAGUAAGUGCUCCUGCUGUACAACAGAUUGAUCAAAGCGUGCAGAAACAGUUUCCUAUUGCAUCCCCUGGGCAAUCGCUUACUCAGCCCAUUAAUAUUGUGCAGCAACAAAUGCCCGUCAACCAAUCUGUGUCUGUGCAGUCACCACCAUUGGAAAUGCCUCAACAAAUGCCUACUCAGAAUAUGCCUAAUCAACAAGUAGGACAACAGCAUCCUCAAAGUAUGGCACAUAUUACAAUGCAAAGUGCUCAGCAAAGUCACCCCCAAUCUGCGCCUCAACAGCAAGUGCAGCAGAUUCCACAAAGCUUCCCUCAGCAUCAAUUACAACAAGUUAUUGCACAGUCACCAGGAAUGACUAUUCAACAAAUACCAAUGCACCAACAAAUGCCACAACAGAUGCAGCAAAUACCGAACCAGCAAAUGCAACAAAUGAACCAACAUAUUCCACAAGCCCAACUGUCAAAUAUACAGCAAAUACAGCAACAAAUACCACAAAUGCAGGGCAUGCCAAAUCAAGGCCAAAUGACCCAAGUGCCCAAUCAGCAGCCUCAGAUGCAACAAUUACAAAUGCAGCCAAUGCAAGGCCAACCGAACCCUCAACAAUUACACCAGAUGCAGCAGGCGCAGAUGCCAAAUAUCCCUGGUCAUCAUUUACAGACACAGCAGUCUAUGGGGCCGCAGCAGACCCAACUGCAACAUUUGCCAAGUCAGGCCCAAAUCCAAGCACUACAAAAUCAGCAAAUACCAAACCACAUUCAACAAAUGCAAUUACCUGCCCAAUUAAACGCACCCAAUCAACAGAUUCAACAGAUGCCGACUCAAAUCCAUCAGAUGCCAACGCAACCUCAGCAAUCAGUGGUGCCCGGAAUGCAUCCUCAAAUGCAACAACAAGCCAUGUCUGGUGUUCAGCCGCAGUACAAUCAAGCAGUUAACCAACAGUCCAAUGCACAGAACAUGAUCACUGCUAGUAUGCCGUCGUCUCAGCAGCCAAUGGUUCAGACUCAGCACAGCAUGCCACAGUACCACACGCAGCAGUCACAAAUGAGCCAGCAGGGACAGACAAUGCCUCAAGAGGUGCUCACAAGUAUUGUUACAUCCCAACAAGGUGCAACCCUACCAACUAAUCUUCAGUCUAUGGCCUCGCAACCUCAGGGGUCGACGUUGCCCGCGAACCUGCAAAGCCUAGCCGGCCAGCAGCAGCCGCCAGCGGUGCACGCGAUGGCGCCGCAGCAGGGGGCUGUUCCCCAGGCCAACAUGCAGAUGAUGGCCGCACCGCCGCAGAAUAUACAGAUGACGCUGGACGGGAAUCAGCCGAGCAUGCAGAUACCCGCCUCAGAUCCGAUAUUCAUGCAGCCGGCGAGCGUCGGCCAGCAGAUGCCGGUGGGGCAGCACAUCGCCCAGCAGCAGGGCAUGCUGCAGCAGCAGGUCGGCGGGGGCCAGGGGCAGAUGGGCGGUGUGCAGUAUGUGCCCGGGCAGCAGGUGUCGAUGGCGCACCAGAGCAUCCCGAUGUCGAUGCAGCAGACAAUGCCGGUGGGCAUGGGCGUGGUGCAGUCGCAGACCAACAUGGGCCUCGGAUACGGCGGCGUGGUGCCGGUGAUGUCGCAGAGCAGCGUCGCCCCGGUGGAGGCAGCCGUGUCCGGCACCAACUCGCCGGUGGUCUCGCUGCCGGCGGGCACGGCGGGGUACGCGGGGGGCGCGGCGCAACCGGCCCACGAGGGCCAGGGCUUCGGCAGCCCCGUGAGUGCGGUGUCGCAUGCGAUCAGUGGCGCGGUGAUGAGCAGUGUCAAUGUGAACGCGUGUGACAGUGCUGGUGGUGCGGAGCCGCCGCAGCCCGAGGGCCUGCAGGCGGGCGACACGGGCGACGGCAAGGAGGAGCCGCAGCCGGCGCCGCCGCCUGAGGACGAAAGGUCAGUUCGACAUUCUACGCUGCCC